CAAGCGAAAGAUGACUCUAAGAACACUCUGAGCAAAGAAGAGUUUCAGAGCCUGGUCACCUCCCAGCUACCAAACUUUGUAAAGAACUAUAAAACCAACUCAAAAUGGUUCUUAAUAAGAAGAGGAGUGUCUGCUGACUCUCAGAAUGCCUCUGACCCAGCCACCGUUGAUCAGCUCAUGAAGUCAUUGGACGAGAAUAACGACGGCGAGCUGACGUUCCUGGAGUUCUGGAAGCUGAUUGGCAGCGUGGCGAACCAACAUGGCGGCUUUAGCCAAUAAAGAAACCUGACGUAUUAGUCAACUUCAAGAAAAUGACUUUAAUUUUACCUUGUGACUUUCUUAUGUAAUUAUAACAAUCUUCAGGUAAUGAUUGUCCAAAGCAGUUGACGGCAAAUAAAAUAAAGCGUUGUUUUAUUCUCUA